AGUAGAGAGAGAUAGGAAGAGAAAGUAGGAGAGAGGGGGGGAAUUUUAGUUAGUUAGUAUAUUUAAGUUUUUUUUCAUGUAUAUAGGGUGUAAUUUCCCUUAGUUUUUCCGUAGGAGUUUUUUAUCGCCUUGCGUCAACGCUUGCAUUUAUAUAAAAGCGCCAACAUAAAUUUUCUCAAGGUUAUUGGACUGAUUUUGCCAUGUAGCCGAUCAAUUCAUAGAUUUUAGAGAAUAGUUACAGAUUUAGAGAAAGAGUUAUAAUUGGUAAUAAGAUGGGCGCGAGCUGAUUACUUCAUAUUUAAUACUUGCUUUGCUUCAUACGAAUAGUAAAAUUUUAAACAUGUAUUUAAUUUGUCGAAAAUAACUAUUUGUUAUUUCAAAUACUUGUUCAAAAAUAUGUUAAUUGUAAAUUAUAUUUUCCAUUCGAUUACUCACUACUUGUAAAUACUUGUGAAUUACUGAAAAUAUUUUCGAGUUUUUGAAAUUACUUGCAAGAUAAUCAUACAAAACUUUAUCUUGUUUACCUGAUUUGAAAAAGAACCACGGAAAUUAUUCCAUACAAAAUAUUUGUACUUAUUUUCAAGAAAAUAAAACAAAAAACGUAAUCAUGUCGAUAAGAAUGUACUAUCUAAUCUAUUAAUUUAGGGAUUGGUUUUUAUCUACUACUUAAAGUUGUCAUUUAAGUUUUGGUCUCUUUCAUAAAUGUUACUAGAAUAUAUCACACUACUUUAUAAAUGGAACAUACCUACUUAAACUUAACCAAUAUACAUACAACCGGAUUACUUAAUCUAAAUCAAUAUCUAAUAUAUUAAAACCAUCCAAAAUUAAACAAAAACCACAACGACAGGUUAUUGCUCUAAAUAAAGCAAUCCAAUAAAACUAAACCAACAGGUUAUCAUGUUUAGUAUAGAUGUCCGUCUUUCCUUCUCUUCAGAUCACUACCUGACACAUAAAAAAACUCAAAUUAUUUUCUAUUUUGUCCAUCUUUCAUCAUACUAACCAUUCUAACAAAUAAAAAAUCUGAUUAUGAACACAAAAUUAUCUGUAUAUAAGCUUCAAUCAUAUAUAGAUUAGAUCAUGACUUUUGUUUACGUUACAUAUGUUUUGUUUAUUUGUUUAUUAUAGCCGAAGAUACAAUUCAUACCCGUAUACAAUAUAUGUUCCUUUAUAUAAAAGUAUAUAGAUUAGAUAUUUUGUAAUUUCAAUUCGUUUAAUAUUUAAUGAUUAUCUACAUACAGUCGAUAUCCAGAAUAUUCUAUCCACAUUAAGAUUUGCCAAUAGAGUCUGGAACAAAGCCUUCAGAUACGUGCAGUGUGUGUGUUAUCUCAACGCAGCUGAGCUUAGCUUUUCAUAUCCAAUAUAUUUCAAUCUGCCAAUGUUUGUAACAAGCUCGAUUUAUUAGAUUAGAUAUUAUGAAUAAACAAACACUCAAAGAAAAUUAUGAAACUUAUCUUUUCUGUUUCUCGAUUGACUUGACGACAAAAGUUUGUUACUCAUUUGGGUUUAGAUAAUAUCCUUUGUUAAAUUAAAUUUGUCACAAGGCAUGAUCCAUAAACUAUUAAAUAACCCAAACUUUUGAUCUUAAAAACAUCCAUUAAAAUUUUAUGGGCUAAAUGUGUUUAAUAUUUUUAACAAACUAAUUAUGAUUAGUUAUAAGCAUAACUAAUAAAGGUUUUAAAAUUAUAUAAUAUUUAAAAAAAAAUCGAAUAUUUUAAAUUUAACAAAUGUAAGUUUAAAGUGAUCCAAAUCAAACUAUUAUACUGAAAAUGAAACAAGAUUCAAUACAAACUAACAACAUAUACAACACAAAUUAUAACACCACUAAAAAUUAGAUAUAGAUGUCAAAUAUAUAUAUAAAUAUUACACAAAAAUAUUUAUAAAAAUUAUAUACACAUAUCAUAUACAAAAAAAAAUUAAAAUUAAAAUUAGAUGAAUCAAUUUCCGCGCUUCAGCGCGGGUUAGAAUCUAGUUUACUUUUUAUAACGAAGAAAUAUCUAUUUCUGAUUUUAGGCUUUCAUUUUUAUAGUUUAAUUAUUAUUUUUUUAAUCAAAAAAAAAGUAACAGAUAAUAUCACACCGAGUGAUAUUUGUUAUAUUUAUUAUUUAUUUUAUAUUUGUAAGUAUUAAAACUCAAAUAAAUAAUUGAAAAGUCAAGUUGAAUACCAAACAAGUAAUAGAAGAUAUCAAAAAAAAAUCCUCUCUCUUCUAUUUUCUUUUUUGAAACCCCAAAGGCAAAUCUCUGUGGCUCCCACUCGUUGGCGGCGCGUGAGCGUCCUUUCUGACGCUGAAAGCUCCCUUCUUCUCUCUAAAUCUCUGUUUUUCUUUUUGCUUCUCUCCUAUCAUCUUCACUCUCUUCGCUUUGCUCGGCGUUUAUGUGCCUAGGGCUUCGUCCGUGACAUCUUCGCACGUGAGAAGGUUCUACUCGGUUUUAUAGAUUGCUAGGUUUGGAGCGGUGGCGCGGGGUUGGUGAUACCUCAUGCUGAGGAGUCGACUCUUAGGGUUUUGUAAGUGGUUCAUUUUUCCUCUUGGAGAGGCAGUGGCACGUAGAGGAGGCUCAGUGACUCGUCGAUGGACACUUCUGCAGUUUUCGGGCUGUAUGUAGUCCUACGCGAAGGUCGUGUGGUGGCGGUGCUUUGUCCUCUCUUGGGUGUCUAUGACUGCCCUGUUUUGACUACUCUCGACUUGAGAGCUUUGGAAAUCCGGUUACUCGAAGGCGUUUGUAGCUUGUGUUGUUGGCGUGUGUCGGAGCAUUUGGUGGUCUUUAGUGAAUUGCUGCUAUGGAGCAGUGUUGGUGGCGUCGUCUAUGGCGGCUCCAAGGAGAAGUUUCAGUCUCCCUCUCAAUUUUUGGUCCUCUUCCCGUCUGGUUUAUGUCGUCAAUCGGCUGUGUGUCGAUUUGCUUUCGAUUGUUUCUCACCUGUUUGAGCUUUGUAAAGCUUGAUCCUUACCACAUGAUUAAGCUUCAGGCGGAAAAAAACUUACUUUUAUCCGGUUCUCGAAGGGGUGACCGACGAGGGCUUCGAGAGUCUUUGUUAUUCAGUGGGCCUCCUCUUUCCUCGGUGGUUCGGUCGGUGGUGGCAGCAUACCUCAGCGCUUGGGGAUUGUUGUGCUCAUGGUGGUGUUGCUUCACUAAUGUUUUGCAGGUCAUGGAGUGAUUAUGACAUUGGCUAGUUGCGGCUGUCUCGUGUCCAUCUUUUUUUCAACUUGGUCUAGAAGCCUUCAUUGGUUUCUCGAUCAGUUGGUUCAGCGAUAUAGAAGUUUGUUCAGCAGGUUUGGAGCAAUUUUCACAAGGCACGGACUCAAAACCUUCUUCUAUAUGUGUUUGGUCGUUCAUCGCGUCGAAAGUUAUGAGUUUCAAAAAAUUACCGGAAGCUAGCUACUCCAAAGACGACUUGGGAGUUCUAGGCAUCCAAGAGAACAAGGAGAACUUCAUGGUCUCAGGAUCAUCGUCUACGGCAACGAACAACAAACAGUUCCAAAAAAAUUAAAAGUUGAGUUAUCGGAAUGUGUCAGGUUUAGUGGAUGGGCGAAAGUACCUUUGUAAUACAACGACUGAGGGAGUUUUUGUUCAAUUUGGGCUUGUAACUGGAUAAAAAAAUUCUUGUUCAUAAGUUGAAUUAAAUAAUAUGUUUUUUUUUGUAACAUUUUAAAUAAUAUGUAUAUAUUUUUUUUUAAAGGUAAUGGAGGAUAUAAAGCAAGCAACAGUAUUUAUGUUUACCCCUACUAAUUGGGAAGAUCAUUUACGUGUCAAAAAAUGUACUCUCUUUUCUGAUUUUGUCAGAGAGCAAGUCUAUGUCAUCUGCUAUGUCACAUGUCACUACAAUGCUCUAGUGAUUUACUGAGAUGUUGCAUAAUAUUCUUGGAGACUCAUGUUAUGGUCAAACAGUUUGCUAAUACCUUUUUGUUGAAAUCUGGAUUUGGAUAAAAUAAUGCUUCAGUUUUUAAAAAGUAAUUACAGUCUACGAGUGUUAUCAGUUGAAAACUUAUUUUAUAACACUAUAAAUCACCUCCUCACCUUUGUCAGUGGAUUCGUAACUACACUAUAUAUACCACCUCCGGAUAAAUGUAAUAAAACAUCAUACAACCGUUUCAAAUUUUUUUUGGUUUUGGCUGGAACUUUUUUGAAUAUUCUUCUUGUGAUGAAAUCUCCUGAUGAAUCAAAUGGGUGAAUAUAAAUAUUGACAAUCUCCGACUCACCAAUCUAAACCAGCACCAACCCAUAAGUGCUCUUAGCCUUUGACUUCAUUUCAUAUUUUACUCCUUUCCUUUUCUAUAGCUUAUUGGAUUUCAUGAAUCACCCUCCUCGUCCAUUAUCAUUACCUCGUAUUAUUAACUCUCACUCACUCACUCACACACACACAUAGUAUUAUAUUAGUAUGUGCGCAUGCAUAUAUUAUAUACAAUAUGAUUGGAUGGAUAGGGACGGCCAAGUUAGAGAUGGUGUAAGUUUUGGUAUUAAGUAUUUGUGCGUUAUCGAUGUAUAAAAUUGUUUAUAAUAAUUAGCACUCAAAGUCGUCGUCCCUUAUCGCUCUUUUCGAUAGACCAAUGUAACUAUAAAAGAUUCUUAUCUUUCUUACCUUGAUGAUGUAAUUACCGAAAACGAUCGUAUAAAUGGAUAGAACUUUAUCCUCAAGCUUCGCAUUUAGGGUAAUCCACAUUCAUUAAUAAUAUCUUAUUCAAAAAAAAAUCUUAGUCUUGUUUACUUUUGAUCGUGAAGUAAAUAAAUCUAUAUGUGGUGACCUAACAAAUCAUCGAGUGUUUAAAAGGGAUGACCGCAUGUACAUGACUGGGGACUGAAUGCAUAUUAACCACAACGAUAUAUUCACAUAGUUGUUUUGGUAUAAAAUCUAUCCUAGAGACAAGGUCACCUAACACAUCAAGUGUAUAAAAAUGGAUCGCAUAUGAGUCUAUAUAGAGCUUGGCCAAUCUUAGGCCCUAGAACAACAAGUAUAUACUAAGAUGUUAAUGUAUUAAAUAUGUGUACUAUACCGUAAUGGACGAUCUUUAGCAAUUUUAAAUACUAUUCAAAGCACCAAUUUGCAUUUUCCAGGUCGCAAGAGUCACUUGCUAAGCUGGUCACAGAUUAUAAUAUAAGUAUUAUAGAUGUUUUGGUAAUGAAGUAAAAUUAAAACGAAGGGCAAACGAGAAAACCUGUCGUCGGCGACAACUCACGAUUGCACUUGCCAUAAGCACUCAAGCCCCUAAGCUAGCUAAAGCCACCUCCACUACCACUACUAUAAACUCUUCAAAUAAAUCUCUAUAAAUAGAAACACUCAUGAGAUCUCUUCUUUCCUCAUAUACACUCAUAUACACCACGUUUACUUACAAUUUCAGUCUCCCUCCCUCUCCCUUUCUAUAAAUAGAAAUCAGUUUCAGUGUUAUUGUAACUGUAAUGGCUAAGUUAUGCUUCUCGUUAUACUUCUUGGUGUUUCUUCUGAUAGCCUCAGCCGCCACCGGAAGCCGUCCUCUUGAGCAGACUCCGGCCGGGCUGAAGGUGAGAGAUUUAAGCCCUUCUAUUAAGGCUACGAGCAAGACGGUGGUGGAUGGUGAAGCUACUGGUGGAAGCAGCAUCCAAGGAAAAUCUCCAGAACGUUUAAGCCCUGGAGGAUCUGACCCACAACAUCAUUAGUUAUUUAGGGUUACCUUUAUAAUUAAGAGUUGUUCUCAAUUUCUUCGAGAUAUGUAUUUCUUAUUAAUAACUUGUUGCAAUGAAUCUGUUUUUUAUCUUUUGUAGUAAAAUUGUGAAUUUGCGUUUGUAAGAUUAUUACAAAAGUAUAACAGAUUUAUUGAUAUAUUAUUCUAAGUUUCGUCAUUGUACGUUUGAUAUUCUAAAUUUGGUUAUGUUUACGUUAGAUAUUCCAUAUUAGUAUAUUUCGUUAUGUUUCUGCAACAAGGACUGUAUCAUUAUUAUCAUUUACCUUUUCUAUUUAUAUAUAUACUACUUUGUGCCUUUACAAUAUCUAUAGCAAUGCAAGGUAUUAGGUUGAUUUUGAUGGUCGUCCUGCAUAUAUAUGCGAUGCUGUCUUAUGAUUAUAUAGUGUUUAUGUCGAUUGUGACUAGUCUGAUGAAAAGCAAAAGCAAACAGAUACGUCUAACUUUCAACAUAUAAAAAGUCCAACAAAAUACGUAUUCUUUUGUUUUUUUAAUCGGCAUAGCAGUAGAAAUGGAAUGAAAGUACGUUUAGAUGUGGCCGAUCUCGAUGGCCCGUGCAUAGUAUAAUUUCAUCCAAUAUUAGGUCGCGUUUGUAAUUAAUUGAUCGUUAUAAGCUUAUCAAAUACAAGAUUAAUCUGUUGAAGAGAAUGAAAUUAAAAAAAAAUGAAAUAAACAUGGAACGUCAACAACUGGAAUGAAGGAAGUUACUAAAUGGAAUGAGUAGUCGCUGGAAAACAUUUUGCAACAUAAAUGGUAACCUUUCAGAGGAACAUAAUGGAAUGAAAGUAACUAGAAUUUAGAUCAAACUAUUAAGAAUAUUCUUAAUAUAUGAAAUAAAACCAGCCUACGAAUAUAUGAUAUAUAUAAAACAACCUUUAACAGUGUUUCAUAUAUUUUUCAAAAAAAAUAUAUAUAUAUAUAUAUAAUAUAAUAAUGAUGAACAGAGACAGUACCUGUAAGAGAGGAAUACUUUUCAUUAGUUGGUUUCAUAAUGAACAUACGAUAUGGUGUUAAAUAUAGGAAAUAAGAGGUUGCUAUUAUUUUGUGCAUAAGAUCUACAAGAGUUUUGAAUUUUAAAAUCUUAAUAAAUCUACAUUUUGCGAACAGAUAACAUCUAAACUAAAUUAAAAUAAUUAUUAAUUUAUUUGUAUUCCAUUCCACAUCAUUCACGAUCAUUUUUUAUCCUGAAUCUUUUACAACUACAUUCCACUUGUUUCCAUUUAUUCCAAAAGAAUCAAUGGAAUGGAGUUUAUUUUCUGUUCCAGAUAAAUGGUAGUUUUAUUUUGGAAUGUUGAGGAAUAAGGUAUUCCAAACAGUUAUAUUCCAAAAAAUGCUAAUCCAGUUGCACCCAAAAGUUACUUGGCUGUCAAAAAAAGAGUUAUAUGGUGCGUAAACCCUUUCUCAAAAAAAAAAAAAGGUACAUGGUGCAUGCAAUCUUACAUUCACAUCUGGUUUCUUAACUAAAAGAAACCUUUUGUGAUUAAAAGAAGCUUCUUACACUCAUGACUCAUUUGAUAGUAAAUCCUUUAAUAAGAAAAAAAUAUUUGAUACGUAUAUUAAAAUUCCUCUGAUCUCUUCUUAUGAUUAGAUCGUCUAUUGUUUAAUUGGUAAAAGAAACUAUCGUAAUCUAUUAUGUGCUUUACGUCUUACGAUUAAGGUGAAUCAUUUUUGUUUAGACUUUUUUUUUGUUAAAUGUGUGAUUAAAUAAAGAAAAUAUCGUAAAAUAAAUAAGUUAUAACACUAGGAAUUUGAUUUUUUUUUUUUUUUUUUUUGAAAACUGGCCUUAGGAAGUUGAUUUUUGAAUCUAUUAAAUGCUUUACGUUGUACGAUUAAGGUGAAUACAUUUUUGUUAAGAAUUAAUUUUUUGUUUAAUUGUGUGAAUGAACAAACUUGAUAAAUAUAUGUGAACUGAUGUAUAUGCCGGGUUAUAUGUGAACUGAUUCCGUUUACAGUUUUUCUAAUUCACGUUAAAACUCAAAAAAAAAAUCAACACGUAAGAAUAUAUAUGUUUUUUGUCAUCAGCAUAAAAAAAAAAUAUAUAAUAGGUUUUUUAAAAUAUAUAUAUAUGGCUAUUUAAGUUAAGAUUCGGUCCAUCAUUUUUUUAGUGACAAAAUUUAUCGAAAGGUGUGUUUGUAUUUGAUUAAUCAUAAGCUUUACAGUAAACCAAACACAUAAUACUAUGAUCGGUCAUGAGUAAAAAGUUAGAUUCCGAUGAAAUCAUACCGUAUCAAUUUUUUAAAAAAAUAAGAUUAGUUAACCGCUAACAAUACACUAUUUUAUAAAUUAUUAUUUUUAUUUUUUUGAUAAAAUUUUAUAAAUUAUUUAAUUAUGGAAAAAGCAUUCCACCUAAAAGUCGACGAACGUGAAAACCAAAAUGGUGAUACUCGGCUGAAAAUGGCAUCAUAUAAUAAACGAACAAAAGACGGCGAACGUGAAGCAUUCGUGUUUUACUAAAAGCAAAUCGUAUUUUUAUAAAUAACGCCAAAAACUAAUGACUUAUCACACGACCCAAAUGGAGCCCAUCUGUGUAUUGUUGUAAUUCUUUUCUGUUUAAUAUGGAUUAAUAUCAUCCAAGAUAAAUUAAAGCAUCGUGACCUUAUAAUUUUGUAAACAUACGCACGAUUGGGAUGUUAUAUAAAUCUUAAGAAAUUAAAGUUUAUUGUUUAAUAUCAUAUAAAGUAUAUAAUAUGAUAGUGUGGAUAUCAAUUGGUAUAGGCUUUAGAAUUUAAACAAACCUCGAAUAUAUUACUAAGCACAAAUAUUAGUAGCCAUGCCUUUGUAGUAUAUACUUUAUAGGGUAUACGUUUGUGCAUAAAACAUCUAAUAUUGGGAGGUUAUUAAGUGAAUAUCACACUAUUUAUUAGAAAAAAACAACAAUAAAAAUAGAGAAAGAUAGUAAGAGUUUGUAAGAUACUCAGGAGAACUUCGUAAUGUAUUUGUUUCUCAUAAAUUGAUUCGGUAUGUUUAAAAAAUUAACCUUUUUUAUACUCACACUAUAUUAGAAUAAUAAUAUUUGUUUGAAAUACUUAUAGAGUAUUUCUUGAAUGAAAAUUCUCUAAUAUCCUGAUAAAAUAAUGCAAAAACAAAUGAGUUAUAAGCAGUUUAGGAAUUUACAUCGCUAAAAAAUAUAUUCUUACAAUAUGAUUCAAGAUAUAUAGCAUAAUAGUCUGUUCAUCCGUCGUUAUUAUGUCACCAUCCAUAUUCAAAUUCGAUAUAAUACAUCUUGACGAAACAGAAGAAAGAAAGAAAUAAUUUUUUUUUGAAAAAA